AUGAUCACCACCGGCUUCGCUUUGACCAUCUUGCCCCAGGAGGCCGAAAGGCUCCACUCGGCUGAUUCGAGCCUGUGGCUAGCCACAUAUGUGAUGAUCUGUGGUGUCACACAGCUCAUUUGCCCCAUGGCCGGCCUCUUCUCCGAUCGCUUGAACUGCUCCUUCGGCCGGCGGCGGCCAGUGAUGCUGACGGCGAGAUUUCUGUGUCUUUACUUCUGCAGUCGCUACCUUUGCCCUGAGGGCUUUCUUUGUGCCUUAGCCUUCACCGAGACGUCCCUGAACGUGGCCUUCGCAGCGCAUGCGGCCUUGCCCGCUGAUUUGCGCGUUCAGCCUCAGUUUGAAGAGCCAAGUGCGCACCGCAUGAGAUGUACCAGGGGUGCUGAGUCUGAAGCUGGCCUCAUCUCUGGCAUCAUGGCCUUGCAUUCCUUCCUGGGCGCUGUGUGCGCCGUGGGCUUUCUGGAUUUCACCUCAGGCGAGAUUCUGGCUGCAUACAGCAUGGACACUGAGAGGGACGCAGACUUCUUUUGGGUGUGCUAUGGACGUCUCCUGUUCUACACCAGCCAAUCAGUGAUUGUCUUCAUGGCCUAUUUCAUUCGCGAUAUGUUCCAGGUGAGAUCGGAGCCGGAAGUGAUCUCAAAGCUCUCGUUGCUGGUCUUCAUCGGUCAAGGCGUUGGGGCCGUGGUGGCCGUGCCCAGCAGUCGAAUCUCCGACCUGGUGGGAUGCAAGCCGAUGGUCUACGUCUCCUGCCUGGUGCAAUGUGCCAGUUUCCUGGCCUUCAUCGUGGCUGCUCGCGUGGGCUGGUCCGUCAUGCUGGUGGGAGCUGUGAUAUAUGGACUUGGAGCGGGGUCUUAUAUGAGCAGCUUGGCAAUGAAGAUUGUGUAA